AACUGCUAUUAAAGAUGAUGUGGAGAGUCAGCCGCGUUGUGUUGGUGGUCGCCCUUGUGCUGGCUACGGCCAUGGCUGAGCCCGAAGCCAAGGCUGAUCCCAAGGCUGAGGCUAAAGCUGAACCUGAGGCUGACCCUAAGGCCGAGGCAAAGGCUGAUCCUAAAGCCGAGGCAGUGGCCGCGGCUGAGGCUAAACCUGGCUACCCAGUUCCCUGCUAUCCAGAGACUAAGUACAUCAACGCCUACCAGACUCAAGUCCAACACUAUCCUGUCUACGAGACGGUCUACAAGAAGCAGGUCGUGCCCACCACCUUGUACAAGACCAACUACCAAACCCAGUACCAGACCAAAUACCAGACCGAAUACGUCCCCAAGUACGUGACACAGGUAGUGUACAAGACCCAGGUCAACUACGUCACUAAGCUCCAGACCCAGUACCAGACCCAGUACCACACCCAGUACGUCACUGUACCCCAGUAUGUCCCUACCUACGUCACGGACACCCACUACCAAACCAAAUACCAGACUCAGGUACUGUACCAGACCCUGUACAAGACCGAGUACACGCCCCAGUACGUGACCAAGACCAAAGUCCAGUACCAGACCCAGUACCACACUCAGGCGGUACCCCAAUACGUUACUGUGGUACAGGAGGUUGUGGCCUACAAGACUGCUUGUCCCAAGCCCGUCUAUGGAUACCAUUAGAACAUCAACCACAAGGCAGAUCCCAACCCUCUUUCUCAAAAUUUCGAACGUUCUGAUGUCUUCCCACCAAACUAUGCAACUGUCUAAUACUCUCACUUAAGUUACGCCUUCAAGAUAUAGGUCAAAAUGGUGUGGAAAUCCGCCAAGGUCUUUGUCGCAACUCGUCUCAGUUAUUAAGCUCAAAAGAAUCUUUGAAAAAAGGGAUCUUUGGCUAUGCCAUUUGGCUGAAGCACAGGAGCCAGGCUGCCUAGUGGCCCUCCUCAGCUGUGCCACAAGGAACCAGCUGUCUCAGCUAUGCCAUUAGGAACCAUAGAUAGCCCUUCUGAGUAGCCGUAUUUCCUUUUGUUUACAAAACGUCUGCCUUGGAACACAGAAGAGACGCUUUUGCCUAAUAAUUCCCUUCCCUUGGAGCCCCCUCUCCCUUCUGUCUACAGACCCGAAUAAUUCAGCUUCCGUCAAAACACACAACAGAACCGUCUAAUUACUGUACAGUUUAAUUAUAUAUAAAUAAUGUAUAUUACUAUUUUUUCACGAUUUCAAUAUUUGAGUAUUUUUUGGUAUACCACUUGUAUAAAUUAUGAAUUAUUUUUUUUGUAAAUUAUCCAAAUUUCUGAUUGUCAAAAAAGCAAUUAUAAAUGUAUAAAUUUUGAGAUAGGUCAUUUUCUUAAUUUAUUUAUACGUAAAUGUAUUAUCCUAGUGCAUGUCUCAUUGAUAAUAAUACAUCAGGGGCCAAUAACCCUGUAUAGCUUAUGUAUAUGAAUACAAUGCAAUAUAAAGCUAAUAAAAAUAUAUCUGAAUUUA